UUAUAAUUCAUCUCUACUCCUUUUCCUUUCUUUAUUGUGCAUUAAUUCUCUGAGCCAAAAUUUUAUUAAUCUAGGUCAAGCAUAGAUCAAGCUCCAAAGUUUUUGAAACAAAAUUACUGUGGGGUAUUUUCUUUUCAUCUGUUACUUGUAGCUAUCUGAGAUUAUGUUCAUCAGGGCAACUGAAAGUUACCUGGAUUUCAUUUGUUCAAGGAUAAAAGGAGAGUGGAGACCUGGACAAGCCCAUGGAAGAUCAUGAGAUGGGGUCUAAUGCAUGCCCAAGGUCAGCUUUAGAGAAAAGGGCAAGGCCUCAAGAGCAAUUGAAUUGUCCAAGGUGCAAUUCAACCAACACCAAGUUUUGUUACUACAACAACUACAGCCUCACUCAACCAAGGUACUUUUGCAAGACAUGCAGAAGGUAUUGGACUGAAGGUGGAACUCUCAGAAAUGUCCCAGUUGGAGGAGGUUCAAGAAAGAACAAGAAAUCCACAUCAUCAUCUGCAUCAUCAUCAGCUUCACUAUUAUCAAAGAAUAGUAUUCCUGAUCUCAACCCACCAAGUAGCCUCUCACACUUUUCAGCUCAUCAAAACCCUAGGAGCAGCCAUGAAGGCCAAGAUCUUAAUCUGGCUUUCAAUGCCAUGGAGCAUUACCAACAAAACCCAGCAGCUGGAGCUAGCACUUCCUCAUCAGCUCCUCUUUCAGCCAUGGAGCUGCUUAGGACUGGCAUUGCUUCCAGAGGUGUGAAUUCAUUUAUACCAACCCAGAAUAUGGCUGAUCAUUCAAAUACUCUCUAUGCAUCAUCACCUGGGUUCUCCUUGCAAGAAUUCAAACCAAACCUUGGUUUCUGUGUUGAUGGGCUUGGAAAUAGGUAUGGCGAUCAUGAGAUUAAUGGUGGAAGGCUCUUGUUUCCAUUUGGGGACUUGAAACAGAUUUCAAGCUCUACAGCCCAUCAUGAACUUGAUCAUCAUCAGAAUAAGGGGCAAGGAAAUCCAACUGGUUAUUGGAAUGGUUUAUUGGGUGGAGGCUCGUGGUGAUGGUGAUUAAAUAAGUUAAUGAUCAGAAGAGAGAAAAAGACAAGACAGAAAGAAAGUAAGAAAGAAUUAAAGUGUAUUUUUCACUUUUGAUUUCUUUGUUUUUCUUUUAAGUUGGCUUACUUAUUUUGCAGACUAACAGAUAUGGUUUCUUUUGUUAUAUAUAUUCCUCUAUUUACUUAUUUGGGCUUGGCUUUAGAAGAGGGUUUUGUAAAUCCAGUAUUUGAUCUAGUAGGGAUUAGAAGAAGAAAUGAAUGUAAGGCAUGCAACAUGGCCUGCAUUCAUACAUUCUUCUAUCAAAUCUAGGGCAUAUGCAUCUGAUAAAUGCACUUGUUGUAUGUUUUUAUAGACUUGGUGAUCUCAUUUGUGUGUGGAUCUUAAUUAGUGAAUGUAUUAGCGGAUUAGUUGCUCACUUGCUCU